UUGUUUCAGUGUAUCGCGAGAACUGUACCAUGUCAGAGCUCAAAAAAAUUGAAGGAAAAACAUUUUUGAUAACCGGUGGCGCUUCGGAGCUUGGCGCUGGAUAUGCUCAAGCAUUCCUAGAAAAUGGAGCCAAGAAAGGUUUAGUGUCGCUAACCUACAAAGGUCUGGAGCAUAUGCACAAAGAUGGAGGCGUUGGGGGCACCAUAGUGAACAUAUCGUCAACAGCAGCCUUCGGCAGGUUUCCUUAUGUGCCCGCCUACUCGGGUAGUAAGGCAGGGGUGUUACACUUCAGCAACUGUCUCGCGGUGGAUCCUUUUCACGAAGUUACUGGUGUAAGAAUUAUAAGUAUGUGUAUUGGACCCACCGAAACACCAAUAUUUAACAACAUGGAUCAAAUAUCUUAUGACGAAAGGAGCGGAAAAGCAAUGGCCCAACUUCUGUCUUCCCUCAAUUAUCAAAGACCCGAAUCAGCUGUCAGUAGCGUCGUGGAAGCAUUCAAGCAAGGAACCAACGGCAGCAUUUGGUUUUCAGUCAAUGACAAGCCAGUAAAAGACAUCACCCUAGCCUACAACCAAGCACAAGAUUUCCUAACAAAAGCUAUAAACUCUGAUUUAUAAAGUAUUUCUACUCAUUUAUUUAUUUUUAUCAUGUCAAUUAAAUAAAUUUUAAUUUGAAUAUUUCUUC